AGCGUUUCAGUUCGCUGUUGUUGCUCGAGCCGCUUGGUCGUGUUUUUGUUAGUGGUACGCUUGCAACAGUGUUUUCCUAGGUGGUUUCACUAUUUUAGUUUUCUUUUUCUUCUGAGGUUGCUACCUCUGUGGCAGCAGUUUUCUUGGUGCAAAUCCACUGUCGCCCACUGGUCUUUACUGAUAGAUGUAAAUAUACAGUAAAGUAUUGCGUUAGUUAUAAAGUUUACUGCAGCAGAUCACCGAAAGUAGAGAUUGAAAUUGACAGGAAAUAUUUGCUGUUUGCAUUUACGUCAAUUAUUACACCUGGACUGCAUUUGGUGAAAGGUUUUUGUUCUAAGAACAAUAGAACAUUCGUGAUUAAAACAGAGUUUCUAUCUUGAACAUAAUAGUACCUGGUGUUAAAUUAAUUAGCGGCAUUGAAAAUUGUGUGGUCGUGGGUAAAAAUAUGACUAGUUUUGUUGCUAACUUGUGAUUAUAGAUGGUAGCUUUUCGGUUUCUAGUGCUUCGCAGUAUUAAUUAAAUUAUUUCUUGAAAGCGCUUUCCUUUUGGAAAACGGAGUGUUAUAGUGUAAUAGUGCAGAGAAUAUUGUGCAAAGUAAACAAAACAGAAGUUUCUAUCGAAAUUGCCUGACUGAAGUAGCAGAAAGGGGCACGCGGAUUUGCCCGAGCUAAAUUGCUUCCAGCUGGAGAAACAUUUGCUGCUUUAUCACAAUCAUUGCCCUAAUCAUCAUCAUCAGUAGUAGCAGCAGCAGUACCGGUUCAGGAGGAACAGAGAGCGGCUGCUGUACAGAAGAUACUUCGGUAGACGGGAAACAAUCUACUUCCUUUGAGCGUCCAGUACAGUUUGCAGCACACAUUGUCGCGUAGGGCAGUACCGAAACGGCCGGAUUGUGGCUUUUACGUGGGCCCGACCCAGACCGCCGUGUCAUCAUAUAGCCAAGGGCCAAACGGUGCCACCGGUAACACCAUGUGGGACUCCCAACUGGUGUGGGCUCGGGAUUCCCAGCAGGGCUACAUCCAGGGCCGGAUUACUGAAAUCGGUGCGCACGAGUACGAAGUUCAGCCGCUGGACAGCAAGCAACCCCGAAAAAACUGCAUCCUGGAAGAUAUCUUCGCCUCCUGUGAAGCUGUAUCCGAUCAUGAUGAUAACUGUGAAUUAAUGUUCCUAAACGAGGCUACUCUACUAGACAAUAUCAAGAACCGAUAUUAUAAAGACAAAAUUUACACAUACGUAGCAAAUAUCCUAAUUGCGGUCAAUCCGUACAAAGAGAUUCGGGACCUGUACUCGAAGGCGACCAUUAAACGAUACAAUGGUAAAUCUCUCGGCGAGCUUCCCCCGCACGUGUACGCAAUCGCGGAUAAGGCGAUCCGAGAUAUGCGAGUGCUUAAAAUGUCCCAGUCGAUUAUCGUGUCCGGUGAAUCUGGUGCCGGCAAAACCGAAAGUACCAAGUACUUACUGAGGUAUCUGUGUGAUGCGGCUGCGACCGCUGGUCCUAUCGAGCAGAAAAUUCUAGAUGCUAAUCCGAUCCUCGAAGCGUUCGGGAAUGCUAAAACCACUCGUAACAACAACAGUUCCCGGUUCGGUAAGUUCAUUGAGGUGCACUACGAUAGUCGGUGCCAAGUGGUAGGUGGACACAUCUCACAUUACCUUUUGGAGAAGAGUAGGAUAUGUACACAAAGUGCGGAGGAGCGAAAUUAUCACGUUUUUUACCUGCUGUGCGCGGGUGCUCCGCAGCAGUUACGGGAUAAAUUGCUGAUCGGAAAACCUGAUGAUUAUCGAUAUCUAACGGGAUGUACGCAGUAUUUUUCCACAUCACAAACAGACCGAAAGAUACCCAAUUCCCAGAAAUCGAAGGAUCAUUUAAGUAGAGGGUCACUAAAAGAUCCGAUACUGGAUGAUUACAACGAUUUUCAAGAGCUAGAUCAAGCACUGAGUCGAUUAGGACUAUCCGAUGUGCAGAAAUACCAGAUUUAUGGUUUAGUGGCAGCAGUUCUGCACCUGGGAAACAUCUGCUUCGAAGAAAAUCCGGAAGAUGCCAAAGGAGGUUGUCGCGUUACACAUGGCUCAGAGAAAGCACUAGCAAUAACGGGAAAUUUGAUCGGUUUGGAUCCUUCGGAGCUAAGACAAGCGCUAGUUUCUAGGGUGAUGCAAAGCAAGGGCGGAGGUGUUAAGGGGACAGUUAUUAUGGUCCCAUUGAAGGUCUAUGAGGCAAACAACGCACGCGACGCAUUAGCCAAGGCUUUGUACUCGAGACUGUUUGAUCAUAUUGUGUCGCUCAUCAAUCAGAACAUACCCUUCCAAGUGUCGAGUUACUACAUCGGGGUGCUGGAUAUAGCAGGAUUUGAAUAUUUCACCGUGAAUUCCUUCGAGCAGUUUUGCAUUAAUUAUUGUAACGAAAAGCUGCAAAAAUUUUUCAACGACAAUAUUCUAGCCGCUGAGCAAGAUCUCUAUAAACGAGAGGGCCUUAACGUUCCAGAAAUUAAAUUCACCGACAAUCAAGAUAUCAUCGAGCUGAUUGAAUCGAAAUCAAGUGGUAUUUUUAAUUUGCUGGACGAAGAAUCAAAGCUUCCUAAACCAUCGUACGCCCAUUUUACUGCAGAAGUACAUAGCGCUUGGCAGGGUCACUUCCGAUUAUCGUUACCACGAGCUUCUCGCUUAAAGGCUCACCGUGUGAUACGGGAUGACGAAGGGUUCUUGGUGCGUCACUUUGCAGGCGCCGUUUGUUACAAUACGAAUCAAUUCAUCGAGAAAAAUAAUGAUGCACUCCACGCUUCACUGGAAGGAUUGGUCCAAGAGUCUGAAAACUCGCUGCUGAAACGGCUCUUUGCUAGUGGUAAAGGGACAGUCAGUAAGGGUAAAUUGUCUUUCAUUUCCGUUGGAUCCAAAUUUAAAACACAGCUGGGUGAGCUUAUGGAUAAGUUGGAAAAGAAUGGCACAAAUUUUAUUCGCUGUAUCAAACCCAACAGUCGCAUGACCGAUCAUGAGUUCGAGGGUGGUUUGGCUUUAGCUCAGCUAAAAUGUUCCGGUACUACAUCGGUGCUGGAACUAAUGGAGUAUGGCUACCCAUCGAGAGUGCCCUUCAAUGAGUUGUACAACAUGUAUAAAUCAUUUUUGCCACCCGAACUAGCACGGCUCAAUCCACGAACCUUCUGUGAAGCUAUGCUGCAUUCACUUAAACUAAACAACAGAGAUUUCAAGUUCGGUAUCACGAAGGUGUUCUUCAGGCCGGGUAAAUUCGUUGAGUUUGACCGAAUUAUGAAGUCGGACCCAGAAAACCUGCGAGCGAUUGUGGCUAACGUGAAGAAGUGGUUGGUCCGGUCCCGUUGGAUUAAGUCGGUAUUCUGUGCAAUUUGUGUUAUAAAAUUAAAGAAUCGCAUCAUCUACCGCAACAAGUGCGUUCUGAUGGCACAGAAAACAAUUCGCGGUUAUCUGGCUCGCAAGCAACACCAACCUCGAUACAAGGGCAUACAGAAAAUUAACGCCAUUAAAACAAAUCUAGGGAAGAUGCAGGACAUUGCCAAUCAGUUGAAAACAGAGCGGGAGAACAUGCUGAAACAGGUGGCCGAUGUAACGCGAGCUAUCGAUGAUGCUGUGCGGAAAAUCAAGGCGAAUCCCAAAAUAACUCCGGCAGAAAUUGAUAACUUAUACGCAGGCGUGAUGGCUAAGAUCGAUACCCAAAUGAAAAUGAUACACAUCAAGCUUCAGGAGCAGCGCAACGCUGAGGAACAGGAACGGUUGCGAAAGAUACAGGCUGCCCUCGAAGCGGAAAGAAAAGCCAAAGAGGAAGAGGAACGACGAUUACGUGAGGAAGAAGACAACCGAAGAAAAAAAGCCGAAAUGGAAGCUAGACGCAAGGAAGAGGAAGCUCGUCGUAUCAGACAAGAAGAGGAGGAUCGCAAAGCUGCGCUUGCUCUUCAAGCUCAACUAGAGAAAGAAGCCCAGGAAGAUAUCAAAUACCGACAGCAAUUGGAGCAGGAAAGACGUGAUCACGAGUUAGCAUUGCGAUUGGCACAGGAAUCCAACGGCCAGGUUGAGGACAGUCCGCCGUUACUGAGAAACGGUACGCCAGAAGUUACGCCUUUGGGUAAUCCAAAUCGAUUGAUCAGAUCUGAGGCGAUCCGAGCUCAGCAGCAGCUGAUCGAGAAGCAGAAGCAUGACCUCUCUAAAUGGAAGUACUCGGAGCUGCGGGACGCCAUCAAUACUAGCUGUGACAUUGAGCUGCUGGAAGCUUGCCGUCACGAGUUCCACCGUCGCCUAAAGGUUUAUCAUGCGUGGAAAGCAAAGAAUCGCAAGCGCACGACAAUGGACGAGAACGAACGGGCACCGCGCAGUGUUAUGGAAGCCGCCGCCCGCGCUCCGCCCCGACUUUCCCAGAAGCAAGAAAUCACUACCGGUUCGGUUCAUCGCUACUUCCGUAUCCCUUUCGUGCGACCCAGCAUCAAUCCGGAAGAUAACAAUAAAAGAGGUUGGUGGUAUGCACACUUCGAUGGUCAGUAUGUGGCACGUCAGAUGGAGUUACACGCAGACAAACCACCAAUUUUAUUAGUGGCCGGCGUGGACGACAUGCAGAUGUGCGAGCUAAGUCUGGAGGAAACAGGACUGACACGAAAGCGUGGCGCCGAGAUACUCGAGCACGAGUUUAACCGCGAAUGGGAACGAAAUGGCGGCAAACCGUUCAAAAAGGUAGGAAAGUAGGGAGUUGGUCUUGCUACAUGGUUUCAAUAUAAAACAAAAACAGAGAAGAAGAAAAACAUUACAUCCUUUUCAGAAUAGCUCCAUAUUGUUUGAUAUAAUUGUUUUUAGUCUCCAAAAUUAACAUUUCCAAUUAUUCCAAACAAUACAGAGCUGCUGAGUGAUCCAAAAAAAAAAACAGAUAAAAUAUUAUCUGAUUUUCGAGUGACUUGAGUUUAGGUGCCUUUUUUCGAAAAAGUAUUAAACCAAUUAGAUGCUUUCAUUAUUAACAUUCCGAUUAUCGCAUGUGCUGGAACAAUAGACCAAUCCGAAUUCCAGUGUGAGUAUUUUUCGCUUUACUGCAAUAUAUUCGUAUUACCUUUUAUGUAAAAGUUACAUAUAGCAAAUAGUCAGCUUUUUAGUGUGAGUUAAGGUUGUAUGACUGUUUUAAAUUUUUUUUAAGACAAUUGAAAAUAUAUACGAUUUAUUCUAGGAAAGAUAUUUUACAGUUUUAGUGGGGCAGCUGACAAGUUAAUUCAUGAUCGAAUAGCUGUGACAAAUUUUCCUCACAUAUUAUUGGCAAACAAAAUGAAAACCGCUUAUUAAAUCAUUAACAAAACCGAGAAUCAAAAUUCAAUAAAAAAAAUCAAUAACAAAUAUAGCCACUCUAUAUUAUAUCUGUUGGUGUCUGAGAUCAUUUAAUACUAUAUAUAUUUAUCGACAUAUUUCCCUGAGAAACAAAAUUCUGACACAGUGUAAACAGAACUAAAAUUGUUCCGGAAUCAAAAAAUAGAAUAAUGCUAAAAUAAGGUGCAAAUGAAUGUGAAAAAUGACCAUUCAUCGUUACAAAUUUUCCCUCCUUACGUUUGACAAGGAAGUGUUCUUUCUACCUUUGUACUCAUCGUGGAUGCUAUUCCGAUUUUCUCUAUUUACAUACAACCCGGCAACGCCGAUAUGCCGAACAUGAGAUGUAACGUUAGUUUGAAAAACUAAGUUUACUAAUAAUUCAGCAUAUUAAUUAGAAUAAAUUACUGCAGUUUUUACGA